CUGGAAAAGACUGGAGCGGUGCGUGUCAUGCGUGGAUAUAGAUGCAUAGAUGCGCUACAUUAUAUUUAUUUAUCUGUUUAUAACUUCUCACUUAUAUUUUUAUGCCUCCAAAUAUUUUGCAAUGAAAGCACAGCAGGAUAAAUUCAAACAGUAGAAAUGGAAGAGAGAUCGAGGAAAGAAGUUGAUAGUGCAAUCAUGACUGUCAUUAAACUUCGUAACGCCGCCGAGGACUCAACCAACAGGACAAAUAACAGACUUAUACACAUCGAUCAAUUAAAAACUCAAGAAGGGGAUUUAAAGACUUCAACAGAUGGACAGAUAGAGCGGAACAUUUUGUCUCGUGUCGACGAUCCACAAUUCUCUCACGAGUCAGAGGGGGAGGAUGUGUGUGUGCUUGGUAACAUUAGUAUAAAUGAGAGACGUAUGGUUUGUGUGGACUCUCACGAUGCUCCAGUGGACAAAGAAAACAUUAAUAACCCAAAAGAGUCAAGAACAGGACAAAGCUGUGAUGAUUCUGGUCUAGGUUGCCAGCAGAUAGACACAUUAGCCAGUGCUUCUGACAGUCAGCCUGAUAGGGAAUCCAGUACAGUGUUUGCACACAAUUUGGAUGAUGAGGAAAUAUUCCGAAGAGCAAAAGAGGAAGGACAGGUGUCCAUUGUUUUCCCAGGACGAAUCACACAGGACGGCUGCUGUAGAUUUGUUUGUGAACUUCUAAAGUGUGUCCUUUAUCAGCGACAACAGCUGCCCAUGACCUAUGACCAAUUGGUGUUCCUUCAGAAACAGCAGCAUAAUGCCACACAGUCAGAGCGUGUGGUGAACCAUCGGCCUGUAAAGAAUUCAGGCGGUAUGGAUUGGCGUCGUUGCCAGCGAACAUUGCAGGAGCUGGAUGAAGUGCUGGCUCACCUUGAAGCCCUGUACUCUCUUAGCCAAGUCCCCCGUGUGCUUUUCAUGCUUGGUGGGUCUACAAUCGUCCCCACCGAGCUGUAUGAGGUCAACAUGGAAGCAGUAGCCGUCGGGGCUGGGGAAAACAGUUUAAGGACCUCAGCAUGUCUAAGACAGGUCUUCCGCACACUCUUUGUGGCCGACUUGCUGUCGGAUGUGAAGUCUGUUCGUCUUAUGAACACCACCGUUAUGGCUCUGGGUCACAGGGAUUGUGGCGUGACUGGAUUAAAACCAAAACUAGAUUUUAGGGUUCCCACAAAAGUGAAACGACAGGUCAUCUCUAUAGCCAGUGAUUUGUCCCUCGUCGGGGAGCUGCAAAAAUGUAACAGGGACCUGGAGGAUUAUAUAUGGUUUCAGGUUCCUGCCACUGUCAAAGGUUUUUGUAAAUGAAAAUGUGUGACUGAGACAGAAAGGGAAUAAAGACAGAUUUCAGGGAAUGUUUGACAGUCACUCCAUUCUUAGGCAACUCAUUCAAUGACUGUCCGAAAAGAAUAAUGGCUGAUGCUUUUUUUUAAUACGCUUCAUUCAUGUGAAUGUUUUAAAACCUCAGAUUAUUUAUAACAAGUUUGUAUUAUCAUAAUAAUCCAUUUUUAUCUUGCUAUAUUUUACAGUAUAAAUCUUGGGAACAGAUUGGGAUGCUAGUGUGCAAGUAGCAGAUGCAUGUGAUCAGGGACUCAAAAUGUUACCCAUUCUUUUACUAUUCGUACCAUUGGGGAGGGCAGUUCAUUACUAGCUGCUUCGUGGGGGACUGUCCUUGCAAAGUCAUUUUGAUUUAAAAUCAUUUGCUAAAUGGCAGCUUCUGCUUUUUAUCUAUUAUUAAGAAUUUGUCUAUUCUGUUUUUUUUUUUGUUACAACUCAAAAGUCUAGCAGUAAAACUUGUUUAAAAGAAUAUAAUACAGU